ACUGAUUUGAGCCCGAAACCCUCAGCUACCUCCGCACCAGUGCGGAGCCGCGUAACCUCAUUCCCACUAGUAACCGCCACUGUAGCUCGUAGCUCAUCAUAUGAGGAUAUCCAUGAUUGGCGAUACACAUAGUAUUAACGCCAAGGCUGUCAGCCUCCUCAAGCUAUAUCUGGUUCUAGGCCACGGUCUCUAUGUCGAACCAACACCCUGGGAGUAAAGCGGUACUAGUCAAGCCUGGAAGCUUUACUCUAAAGGUCACUGUUUGGUCUAACUAGUGCAUGAUCAACAGGUCGAGGCCACUGAACACGGAAGCAACUAAAUCCAUGAGGAUCGAAGGAUUGUUGCACUAGUCUGAGAUACAGAAGGUAUAUAAAGUCUUGAGGGUAGAUUGGGACACGAUGGUGUUUCUCGAACCGUAUCACACAACUCUACCCAUCAUUCCAGACCUGACUAUUCCAUAUAUAUAAUUAAUCAUCAUGGUCGUACUAAAAACCCAGUCCGAAGUUGGACACGCACCUCCUCCUCAAGCUCCCUACAGUGUUAUCACUAAUCUUCCAGGAUGGGAUGUGGCAAAGGCCAUUCGUGAAGGCGACCCUGCUCCGAUGAAGAAGCUGGUUCACAUAUAUCCUCGCUUCAUGCCCACACAUUAUUCUGUUCAGCUUGGGCAUGAAAUUGCAAAAUACCUUGGUUAUACCGACAAAGCUGCGUUGGUUUAUCUCAACCCUGCGGUCUGGCCAUAUACUCUGCAUCAUGUCACCCAUGAGAACCGUGGAGACAAACGGUUGACAGCCCAAGACGCCACUCUCAAAUGCGUUGAUAUAGCAGGCCAUAGAGUAUAUGUUAUUCUUGUUAGUCCAACGGCAAUGCCUGCCGUCGUGCUCACUUGGCAGAAUCCAGGACUCGGGAUCUCCAUUCGUGGAGCUGAGGAUCUUCUCAAAAGCAUAGCCACUAUCAAGGAAGUUCCCUUUGACGUCGGAAGGGACCCUAUCCCCUCUCCGACUUGGACUCCUGAGAGUGAAGCCCAUGGUGAUCUCCGUACGAGGAUCGUCGAGCUUCUUCAUCGCGCACCGAUUGAUGCAGACAAGGUGAAGUGUACACCCAGCGACGUGUUUCUGUACCCGACGGGCAUGGCUGCUAUCUUCCACUCCAGCGUUCUGUUGACAAAACACCGACCUGGCACUAUCGUUGUCCUGGGUGUCAUCUUCCACACCACAUAUCAUCAUCUCAUAGAAGAAUGUCCGCAAGGAAUGAAACAUUUCGGAAAGGUGGACAAAGAAGGUCUCUCAGCGUUUGAAGACUGGCUAAAGCAUGAGAAAGAGGAGGGAAGAUCUGUUAGCUAUGCAUUUGUGGAGGUUCCUGGAAAUCCAACCUUGGAAACUGCCGAUACAAAACGUUUGAAGGAACUCUCUGAAGAGUAUGGAUUCUUUCUCAUCAUCGACGACACAAUCAGUGGUUUCGUCAACAUAGACGUCCUAUUCAACUCAGACGUCCUCCUUUCGUCUCUCACCAAGUCCUUCAGUGGCUAUGCCAAUGUCAUGGGCGGCUCCAUCGUUCUAAACCCUGCUUCUUCCCAUUAUCACAUUCUUCAGUCUCUUUUCAAAGAGUCUCAUCACAAUGAGCUCUUUGCCUCGGAUGCGAAAGUCUUGCUCUCUAAUUCAAAGGACUUUCUUGAGCGUACCAAGAUUCUUAACCGGAACGCUCUCGCUAUGGCGGAGUUUCUUCACGGAGCCAUCGCAUUCCCAGACUCUCCUGUAGUCAACGUGCAGUAUCCCAGUCAACUUGACAGCAAGUCAAACUACGAUGCAAUUUUAAGGCGAGCAACACCGGAAUUCCCAGAGCCUGGAUACGGCUGCCUCCUGACAGUUGAGUUCUCAACUGUCGAAGCUGCGACAGCGUUCUACGACAGGGCAGGCUUCUAUCCGAGUCCUCACCUUGGCGGACACGUCACCAUCAUGUUUGCCUAUAACAUGGUUGUCUUUGGGAAGAAGCCUGACGAGAAGGCGUACAUGCAUAACCUGGGAGUCAGAGAAGCAAAUGUGCGAAUCUCAGCUGGUCUAGAAAAUGAAGAAGAUUUGAUUGAUACUCUAAGAGAUGCUCUGGAAGUUGCUAUUAAAGUCGGCAAAGGGCUCGAAAACGGACAUUAGUCUCCCGAGACGGGAUUCAAGGCUGGUUGGUAGAAUGAUCAUAUCAUUAAUCAAAUUAAACA